UGCCGGCGGAGCCGGGACGGGACGGGACGGUCCGGGCUGGGCUGGGACGGGACGGGACGGUCCGGGACGGGACGGACGGAGCGCAGCUGAGCGGGGCCGGGCCGGGCCGGGCCAUGGUGGGGCGGCUGAGCCUGCGGGAGGUGCCCGAGCUGCCGGACGCGAGGAAGCGCGGCGACGGGGUGCUGGACAGCCCCGACUCCGGGCUGCCCCCCAGCCCCGGCCCGGGCCACGGCGCCUGGCUGCUGCCGGCGGGCAGCCCCGAACGCCGCUCGCCCGCAGGCCUCCCGGAGCCCGACGGGGCCGCGCCGCCCGCCGCCAGCUCCGCGUUCUCGCCCGGCCCCCCGCUCCCCGGCUGCCCUCCCCGCCUCUGCGCCCUCUCCUUCGGCGAAGGCGUCGAGCUCGACCCCCUGCCUCCGAAGGAAAUAAGGUACACGUCCUCGGUCAGAUACGACUCGGAGAAGCACUUCAUCGACGACGUCUACAUGCCCAUGGGCUUGAGCGUUUCCUCCUGCAGCCAGACGGUCGUCUGCGUCCCCAACUGCACGUGGCGCAGCUACAGGGCGGAGGUCCGCUUCGAGCCCCGCCACAAGCCCCUGCGCUUCACCAGCACCACCAUCGUCUACCCCAAGCACGCCAAGACUGUGUACACCACCACGCUGGGCUACAACUGCCGGAAAUCCCUGCGGCGCUUCCUCUCCAGCGUCGAGCUGGAAGCCGCGGAGGCCCCGGGCAGCGACUGCCUCCCGGACGGUUGCUGACUGGCGGCUGUCGCUGCUGCCGGGGUCGGUCCCGGGCCCCUCCGAGCCGCUGCGCCGGCUCCCCGCUAGCCGGAGGGGAGCAGAUCCCAACGCUCCGGCCGGGCUGGGGGCCCCCCCCCGUCGCCACCUCUGUCUCAGCUCUUAUUCCUGCUUUAAGCGCCCCAACGGCCCGAACCCGGUCUCCUGCGGGAGCAUCCCUUAGCGAGGAGCUUGUUCCGUCGCCCUGGAAGUUGUUAGUUCCCUCCCUCCCCUCCGCUGCAGCGCGGUGAUCAGGCGAAAAGGGGGGGAGAUGUUUUCCCAGAGGAAAAGGUAGCUGCUGUCUCGCAGGUAAGAAAGAACCAGGAAUAGUGUCUGGCAGGUGGAAGUAUCGCUGACGUUUGGUAUCGGCGUAUUGCAAAAAUAAGGGCAGUUCACUCUUGCAGAAAAGCUGCCAGCUCGUUUGAUGACACACCAAGAGAGCCAUCGUGUGUGUCAGCUUAAACCGCGGGACUGUUUCCUCCUGAAAUCUGCUGGAAAAAGCUAACCGGGAGACAGGCUGGAACUCCGCAUUGCACAGAUAGAAGAGGUCGUCCUGCCGCGGUCGUGUCUGGCUUGGGGGGGGAUGUGGAAAGAGGGGUUCGGGGCAGGGCGGGGGGUGGCUGCUCCCGCGGCCAGGCGGGGACGGGGUUGUUUGUGUCACCCGGGUGGACGGAACAGCCGUCUUUGGUACCGGUACCGAUUCCUACAGCCCAGUCGUCUCGGUGCAACGCGCUAACGCUCGCGUGUGGGUAGCUGGGCUUGCAACGAAGAACAGCAGAGCCGGUGCGGCGUCCCCCCGGGCCCGCUUUUAAAGCGGGUGCCCGGCCCCAAGGGUGACGGUGUCCGGGGCGAGGCUGCUGCGGGCUGUGCCGGGUGGUCGCGCGGCUGUGACCGCCGGCGCGGAGGGUCCCUACCGCCCGCGUGGGCCGAACCGAACCGGGGACCGAAGACGCAGCGGGGCAGGAAGGCUCGCGCGCGUGUGGUUUGGUGUCUGUGGGUUUUACUUAUUUAUUAGCUCGGAACAGAAUGUCCUUAAUCCUUGGUACUCGCCUCGGAAAAGCAGAUCCUAAACGAUUCCAGGGCGACGCAGAAGGCCGAAUUCCGGGAGCCUUUGCUGGUGCCGGGAGCAGCGCGGGCUUCUCCUUAGACUCGCUGGUCUCAGUAUUUAGGAGCAGUAUUUAGGAGAUGCUUCUUAAAUGCACGCCGCGGUCCUCCCUUAAGCCUGGCUCCCGAUAGGGCUUAUCCUUACUUCUUCCUACUUCAAUUAGAAAUGAAAUGACCCUACGUUAUGCCUUUAGGAUAAAACACCUGAUCUAUAAAGCGAGCAGAUUUAACGAUGUUCCUCUCAAACGUAUUUUAAUGGGUAGAGAUGCUUUUUAAAUUAUUGGUGAUCCGACAUUUGCGAAGCUCCGAUCAGCUCUCUGCAAGUGCUCCAGUGUCUGGGACCUUCCCCAUCUCCUCCUCUUAGUUUUCUCAUUUAACUAAUAAUAAAUGGUCUGAAAACUGUAAUAUAGGGAAGUCUUUUUAUUUUUUAUUCAAAAAUCUUCGGUGUUUGUUAUGGUAUUUACUUAGAAAUAAAUACAUAAUAUAUCCUGCC